AUAGAGAGUGAAAAAUCUAAACAAAGAUCGAUAAAUUAUUAAACUAAAUUACACGCUAACAUCAUCAUCAUAAUCAUAAUCAUCAGAAUGCAGGUUCCAGAGCGCAUUGUAUCACUAUAUGUAGCCACAUGUGGUCAGAAUGGGCCCGGUUUGGGUUCAGACGAAAAGGAAAUUAUAUUACUCGUCUAUGUUUUGCUGGAUGUGGCAACUGGACAGAUAAUUGGCACCAAACAAAUACUCGUCCGACCCGAAGGUUAUUUCAUCAAAGAUCGGACCAUAUCCAGCUCAUCGGAUAACUCGAAUGCUACCACAAAUCCGGCCUGUUCACCCACAAAUAAUACACCUGCUCCCCUGCUGGCCAUUACGGGGGAUAGCAGCCAAAGCAGUGGGAAUGGUGGAACAGCUCAAAAUGGUAAUUCGAUUAUUAGCACCACUUUGGAAAAUAGUAGCGAACUGAUAUUACCCAUAGCCGAGGCUCAAGCAAAUGGCAAACCCCUAACGGAAGCCAUCGAAGAGUUUGAUGCCUAUUUGAGAUCUCUGUCACUUCAUGAUACUGAGAUCAAGAUAAUCACCGAUGGCCAAUUGCCAUUGCGUCAGUGUCUACAUCGUGAGGCCUGUGCCAAAGAUGUCGAACUUCCAUCAUAUUAUAAUAAAUUCAGUGAUCUGCGCAAAGAAUUUGUGCGCUAUAAAUCGGGAGAUCUAUCUAGAGCUCUUGUCCCGGUUAAGGAUAUUAAAAAGAUGCUCCAAUCGCCAGUUAUGCCCAUGCCGCAAUCAAUUGGUGAAAUGCUGAAUGAGCUCAAUACAACCUCUGUGGAGGAUAAUGACUUUUAUAUACGCGAAUCUCGCGAUAUGAUCACUGUGAUUCAAACAUUGCUCCAGGCGGGUCAUGUAUUUGCCACAAAUGAAUUGGUUAACUUAGUACUGGAACCUGGAAUUUGCUCAAUUGACGACGAAAUCGACGGGAAUUGCAUUGUGCGAGCUCGUGGUUUACCCUGGCAGAGCAGCGAUCAGGAUAUAGCCAAAUUCUUUUGUGGUCUAAACGUUGCCAAGGGCGGCGUUGCUUUGUGUUUAUCACCGCUGGGCAGGCGCAACGGUGAGGCAUUGAUACGUUUUGUCUCUCAGGAGCAUCGCGAUAUGGCAUUAAAACGCCACAAGCAUCACAUUGGAGCACGUUACAUUGAAGUGUAUCGUGCUUCUGGUGAGGAUUUCCUUGCCAUAGCUGGCGGUGCCUCCAAUGAGGCUCAGGCCUUUCUUUCCAAGGGGGCCCAAGUGAUUAUAAGGAUGCGUGGUUUACCCUAUGAUUGCACUGCCAAGCAAGUGCUGGACUUCUUUACCACGGGCGAUUCACCGUGCAGUGUUUUAGAUGGCACUGAGGGUGUAUUAUUUGUCAAGAAACCUGAUGGAAGAGCUACAGGAGAUGCAUUUGUUUUGUUCGCUUUGGAGGCAGAUGCCCCCAAGGCAUUGGGAAGGCAUCGAGAGUCGAUUGGUCAGCGUUAUAUAGAACUGUUCCGUUCGACUACGGCCGAAGUGCAACAGGUACUUAAUCGUUCGAUGGAUCCCAAGACCUAUGAGGCCAACAAUAGUCACAGUCAGCCACCGUUGAUAGCCCAAUUGCCGCAGAUGCAGUUGCCUUUGCUGCCGCAGGUGGGUGCCAUAGCCAUUGCUGGCCAUGGCCAUGCUAAUCCACUGUGCCCCAUUCCACCUCCGCAGCAUCUCAUCACCUCGGGCACAAUAAAGAACUGCAUUCGUCUGCGGGGAUUGCCCUAUGAGGCCAUGGUGGAGCACAUUCUGCAUUUUCUCGAUGACUUUGCCAAGCAUAUUAUCUAUCAGGGUGUCCAUAUGGUAAUCAAUGCCCAGGGUCAACCCAGUGGCGAGGCUUUUAUACAAAUGGAUUCCGAGGAUUCGGCUCGCCUGUGUGCCCAGAGGAAACAUAAUCAAUUCAUGGUCUUUGGCAAGAAGUUUCGCUACAUCGAGGUCUUCCAGUGCUCCGGCGAUGACAUGAAUAUGGUGUUGAAUGGUGGCCUGGCAUCGCCAGUGGGUGCCCCACAGCCCACUCAUCUCGGCCAUGCCCACAAGCAGCCGUCGCUGCUCUCUCCGGGUAUGUUAGCUCAGCCGCCGCCGCCACCAGCCGGCGCCCAGUCGGCCAUCUCCAGUUCCCACUCACACACUCCACAUUCACACUCACACUCACAUACGCAUGCGCACGUUCACGCUCAGGCCCAAGCUCAGGCCCAGGCUCAAGCCCAGGCUCAAGCCCAGGCUCAGGCCCAGGUUCAAGCUCAGGUUCAUCAUGCCCUGCAAACGUCUCCAGUGGCUUCCGUUCUGCCUCCUCUAACGGCUUCGUCAUCGGCCAAUAGUUUGUCCCAAUUCAUUCAACCUCAGUCCGCUGCUGCAGCCGCCGCCGCCGCCGCUGCCCACUCUUCGCUUCAAAAUGCUGCAGUUCAGGCCAUGUCUCAGGCUCCACCUGGCUAUCCCUUCAGUCAUCUAUCACUGCCGCCACCCACUUCUCAGUCCAUGGCCACGACCAAUCCCGUACUGCUAGCCCAACAGCAGGCUCAAUUUAUUGCCCAGCAGAGUCUGUUGGCUCGCCAACAGGCGGCAGCUGUUGCCGUUGCCGAGCAGCAGCAACAGCACCAUCAACAGCAACAAUUAUAUGCGAAUGCAAUGUUGCAACCUUAUCCCCUCUAUGCCAUGCAACAUGCUACCGCAGCAGCUGCCGCUGCGGCGGGUCAACCACAAUUUGUGGUGAUGCAACGACCCUCCUAUCUGCAGCCCUUUCCCCUGGCGGGAUAUAUGCCGGCAGCAGCAGCGGCAUCAGCUGGUCAAGGCUAUCCAUUCGCAGCCGGUGGAGCAGGCGGUGCCGCCGCUGCCUCAGCGGCUGCCGUUGCGGCCGGGGGAGUUGGAGGUACGGCCGCCUCGUCGGGAGCAGCUGCUGCCUUGGCCCAGUCUAUGAAACGAUCCUAUGAUAAUGCCUUUCAGCAGGAUCAUGCUGCAGGAGCAGCAGCUGCUGCCAGUGCAGCCAAAAGAGCUCUCACCCGACCACAAAGUAGUGUCUAUUCCUACUACAAUCCCGGCAUUUAAAUAAAGAGGAGGGCACAUAUCCAUAGACUAGAAUAACGACAACAAAAAGUCGCUAAAAUCAAACUCCAAGCACUUCAAGCACAUUCCAUUCAAAACGUUUCGCAGUGAGUGGGCUAACAGUUUUA